AUGGAGAUUGUUAUUGCCAUCGUUGGCUCUAUUGUAGCUAAAGCUGUAGAGUAUACGAUCUCUCCUAUCAAAAACCAUGUCAAAUACCUUUCCAAUCAUCAGCAAUAUGUUGAGACCCUCAAGAACCGAGCUAAUAGGCUGAAAGAUGCAAGGGACGGAGUGCAGCAUUCUGUUGAUGCAGCUAAACGAAACGGUGAGGAGAUCGAAGGUGAUGUUGACAAAUGGCUGUCUGCAGUCGACAAAAUGAUCCUUGAACAAGUAGAGAAAGUGAUGCAAGAUGAAGAAAAAGCAAAGAAAAAGUGUUUCAUUGGUUUGUGUCCUAAUUUCAGGACACGUUACAAGCUUAGCCUGAAAGCUGAAGAGGAGGCAAAGGCUGUUGCCGAGCUACUUGAACAUGGCAAGUUUGAAAGGGUUUCCUAUCGUGCAGCUCCGCAAGGUAUCGUGGUUGCACCAGUUAAAGGUUAUGAGGAAUUCGAGUCAAGAAUGUCGAUUUUGAACGGAAUAAUGGAGGCACUAAAAGAUGAUAGAGUCAGCGUUGUUGGGGUGCAUGGUAUGGGCGGGAUUGGAAAAACAACGCUGGUCAAAGAAAUCGCUAGAAAGGUCAAGGGCAAGUUGUUUGAUUCGGUUGUCAUAGCAACCGUAACUCAAGCCAUCGAUAUUGAGAAGAUUCAGAACCAAAUUGCAGACUUCUUGGGCUUGAAAUUUGAGGAACAGAGUAUGGUUGGAAAGGCAUUUCGACUACGAGAAAGAUUGAUGGAGAAGAGGAUUCUGGUUGUGUUGGAUGAUAUUUGGGAAAAGUUAGAUAUUGAGGAAGUUGGGAUUCCUUUGGGAGAUGAACACAAGGGAUGCAAGUUGCUGUUAACUUCUAGAGAACUCAAUGUUUUAUUAAAUGGGAUGGAUGCUCAGAAAAAUUUUCCCAUCGGGGUUUUAAAUGAAAAGGAAGCCUGGGACCUGUUCAAGAAGAUGGCUGGCGACUGUGUUGAAAGUUGCGAUUUGAAGCCUAUAGCUAUGGAGGUAGCCAAAAAAUGUGCAGGAUUGCCAAUAGCCAUUGCGACAGUUGCAGGGGCUUUGAGAAACAAAAGAUUGUUUGAAUGGAAGAAUGCUUUACGAGAACUGGAGAGGCCUUCGUCAAGCAACUUCACGGGGAUAAAUGCUGCAUAUUCAGCUAUAGAGUGGAGUUUUAAUUAUUUAGAAAGCGAGGAAGUUAAGCUGACUUUCUUGCUUUGCAGUGUAAUAGGCCAUAAUGGUCUCGUUGAGGACUUGGUAAGAUAUACUCUAGGUUUGGGUUUAUUUGACGGUGUCUACACCAUGGAAGAAGCUAGAAAUAAAAUAUUGACGGUUGUGGCUAAUCUCAAAGCGUCUGCCUUGUUGCUUGAUAGUUAUAAUGAUGAGCGCUUUGAUAUCCAUGAUGUUGUUUGGGAUGCUGCUUUAGCUAUUGCAUUGAAGGACUAUCGUAUGCUUGUUUUGAGAGAUCAUGUUCCAAAGGAGUGGUCCGAUAAGGAGAAAAUAAAUAGCUGGAGUCUGGUCAGCUUACGUUGUCCUCAGAUUAUAGCUAACCUUCCUAAGGAGAUGGAGUGUUCAGGUCUUUCCUUCUUCCAUAUGGCCGGCGCAGUUAAAAUUCCUCCCAAUUUUUUCAAACAAACCAAAGGCCUCAAAGUCUUAGAUUUGUUCAGAAUGCAGUUUUCAUCCCUACCUAAAUCAAUUAUUCACCUCACAGACCUUCGCAUGUUGUGUCUAAAAGAAUCUGCAGUUGAUGACAUAACCAUCAUAGGAGAGCUCAAGAAUUUAGAAAUCCUUGACCUUUCUCAGUCAGCUAUCAAAGAACUGCCUAAGGAGAUGGCACAAUUGACUCAAUUAAGGUUGUUAGAUUUGAGUCGGUGUAGACAACUCGAAAUCAUCUCACCAAAUGUCUUGUCAAGUUUAUCUGAAUUAAAAGAAUUAUAUAUGGGUGGAAGCUUUGUUGAAUGGGAAAAGGAAGGAGUAGCUGAAAAUGAGAAGAAAAAUGCAAGCCUUGACGAAUUAAACAAUUUGCCUUGUCUAUCUACUUUAUAUGUUCAUAUCCCUGAUGCCCAAAUGAUUCCAAAGCAUCGAUUUGUUGAAACUUUGGACAAAUACGUUAUUUGUGUAGGUGAUUAUAAUAGGUUUGUAUGGUACCAAAGUCAUGAAUGUUUGAGAACAUUGAGGCUCAAGUUAUGUACAAACAUUCGUUUGGACAAUGGGUUGAAAAUGUUGCUGAUAAAGACUGAAGCUUUGUACCUAGAGGGACUUGAAGGCGUCAAGAACGUACUUGUGGAGUUAAAUAAUGGGAAAGAUCUUCCACAUUUAAAGAGACUUCACAUCGAAAAUGGUAUGCAUGUACAGAAUAUUACAAUGAAUGAAAUUGGGGUUUCUGAAUUAUGCUCCAUCACACUUGAAAAUCUACCGCAACUCAUUAGCUUUUGCUCUCAAGACGAAAGGUGUUCCAUUAUUUCCGAGCCCUUACCACUUUUCAAUAAACAGCUUGCAAUUAACACCAAAAUAAUAUGGCACAACCAGACAUGCCAUUGGGUUACGAAUUUGAGGAGCUUGAUCAUCAAAGGAUGCGGCAAGUUGGAGCAUCUGUUAUCACCCUCUCUCGCUAGAAGUCUGGUGCAGCUCCAAUGCUUUGAGAUAGAGGAUUGCUAUUGCUUAAGGGACAUAAUACUUACAGGGGAAAUUGAAGAAGAAAGGAAAGAUGUGAUUUGUUUCCCUCGAUUAAAUUCCCUGGAAAUAGUGGGUCUUCCAAACCUCAUCUUCUUCAACUCAGGAAACCAUAAUAUUGAGUUCCCAUUGUUAAAAGAGCUAAAGAUUGAGCGUUGCCCCAAGUUAAUAGAAUUCAUUAGUCAGAAUAGUAAUCAGUCCGGCAUGCACGCUCUCUUCAGUGAGAAGGUUGCAUUUCCUAGGUUGGAAAAGAUGACAAUCAACAAGUUGAGAAAUGUGAAAAUGAUGUUUCAUAAUGACUUUGCACCAGGUUCUUUUCAAAAUCUACGAAAAAUAAGAGUUGAGAGAUGUGGGAGUCUGAAAAAUCUAUUUCCAGUGUCAAUAGCCCAACAUCUUCCACAACUUGAACAUUUACGCAUCACUAAUUGUGGAGUGGAGGAGAUUGUAUCGAAAGGGGAAGGAGUGGAGGAGCAGCCUGUGAGGUUCGAGUUUCCGCAAGUGUCUUCCCUUGAGGUUACAUCCCUAAAAGAGCUCAAAUGUUUCUAUGAAGGGCAACAUACAAUAGUCUGGCCCCUGUUGAAAAUAUUGAAAACAGAUUGUUCUGCUUUGCUAAAGAUAGUGGCUUCGGAACAUCUUAGAUUAAUCCAAGGAAAUGAGCAGCCAGUUUUGUUGGUUGAAGAGGUCAUUUCCAAUUUAGAGGAACUUGAGUUAUUAAAUUUUGGUGAUAUGGACCAGUUUCCACCAGCCUUGUUUCAAGAGAUUAAAGUUUUUGAAGUGCGUGGUGGCUCUCGAUCUUCUAUAUUUCCUUUCAUUCGAAGAUUUUACAAUUUGGAUAGUUUUAAGCUUCGUGAUUUUGAUUUCAAAUACGUAGUCCCUUGUAAAGGAGACGUUGGGACUCUCACACCAAUUAGAAAUCUGAUACUGGAUCGUGCCAUGAAUCUUAAUCAUAUAUGGAGGAAAGAUUCGGAGUUUGACCAUAUUCUUUCUAAUCUCCAAAAACUCGAAGUUUGGGAAUGUGAUGAUUUGAUAAAUAUUACAGUCUCCUCCUCAUCUUUGCAAAAUCUCACAACUUUGAAUGUGUCAUCUUGUCAAAUGAUGACAAACUUAGUUACACCCUUAGUGGUUAAGAAUCUUGUGCAAUUAACGAGAAUGAGGGUGACGGGGUGCACUAAAAUGACAGAAAUAGUGGGAAAUGGGGGAGACUGCCAUCAGACAAUAGUUGUGAGUAAAUUGAAAUGUUUAGAACUAAGCUAUUUACAGAGCCUCACAAGCUUUUGUUCAAGGAAUUACACCUUCAACUUCCCUUGUUUGGAAGAAUUAGUUGUGGAACACUGUCCUAGAUUAAAGACCUUUACUGAAGGAGUUUUAAGCACCCCACAGUUACGAAGAGUAAAACAGUCGAGUUACCCUGAGAAAUGGAGUUGGGCAAGUGACUUAAAUUCCACCAUACAACAGCUCUACACGGAAAAGGAUGGAUUCUAUGACGGAUACGAUUUGGACAUCUCUGACACAAUUCCCAAGUCAAUAGAAAAAUGGAUUAGAAACCCUCAAGAAAUUUUGGGCUUCAAAAACCUUGUUUCGUUGCAUUUUUAUAAAUGUAGUAGCUUGAAAUACAUAUUUACUUCGUCUAUGCUUUUGAGCCUCAAUCAACUAGAAGUGAUAAAAGUAAAAGAAUGCAGUUCAAUGGAACAAGUGGUUAGGGAGGAAGCAAUGACAGAUAAAUUCACAUUUCUUGCACUCUUCUCCAUAAGAAUUGAGUUGUGUUCCAACUUGACAAAUUUCUAUUUGGGAAGUCAAGCUCUUGAAUUUCCAGAGUUGUUUAGAAUCGCAAUAGUUGAGUGUCCAAAAAUGAGUACAUUUUCUUCCUCAGUUUCAAGAGGAAGUGGAGAUGCAAGUGAAAACGUGGUUGGCGAGGGGGGCAUCUAUGAUAACCCUGCAAUAUUUUUCAGCAAUAAGGUUAUCAUUCCUCGUUUGCGGCAUCUGGAAUUGUCCUUCGUUAACAUUCAUGAGAUAUGGCACCACCCAUCCUCCCCAUCUGUCGGAUUCCUAAAUUCCUUGCAAGUGAAGAGGUGUCACAAUUUGAAAUACCUGUUCCCAUCUUUCUUGGUAAAAGAUCUUGUGCAACUCCGACGCCUUGAAAUUUUGGACUGUAAUAUGAUGGAACAAGUAAUAUUCACGGAUGGAUUGGUUGAAGAACAUCAAGGGAGGAAUCAGAUGUUUUUCUCUGAACUAGAAUUGCUGUGGCUAAAAGACCUUCCCAAACUCACAAGUUUCUGCUUUGAGAAUUACUUUGAAUUCCAAUGUUUGACAGAUUUAGAACUAACAAAUUGUCCAUUGCUAAAAACAUUGAUCACUAAAUGUGUAUCCGAAGGUGAACCUGAAAUUGGCCAACAUGUACAAGCGAGUAACUUGGAGGUUGUUUUCCCUAGUUUGGAGAAGUUGCGGAUUCAGAAUUGUGAUUCGUUAGAACAAAUUAUUGAGCUGCAAGGAGUCAUUGCUGAUGAGUCACAGUCAACAUCAGCUGCUCAAUCUAUUAUGGCUGAAACAGAGACGACCAAGUUUGUAUUUCCCAAACUAAUAAACCUCGGAUUGGAUAAGGUGCCGAGAUUGAAAAGUUUCUACUCUAGGAUGCAUACCACCCAGUGGCCUUCAUUGAAACAAAUGGACAUUAUUGAAUGCCCCAAAGUACAGAUAUUUACUCCACAAUGUCCUGAGAGUCAGGUUGGAAUCUCAAACCAACAACCCUUGUUUUGCGUCAACGAGGACACUUUCCCUGUAUUAGAAGAACUGACACUGAAGACGAAUGAUAUGGUGAAGGGGAUAUGUGAUGGACAGCUCUCAUUGCAGUGUUUCCAAAACCUUAAACUUCUUAACCUCCAAUUCUUUCCUGAGGCAUCCACUACUCUUCCAUAUUCCUUCAUUCGGUCACUACCAAUGCUUCAUAAGCUUGUUAUAGACAAUGCUUCCAUUUGUCAAAUAGUACAAUCUGAAGGACUCAGCGACGACGAAAGGCAUACAUCAGCGUUCUAUCAGCUAAAGGAAUUAAGUUUGUGUCAACUUCCAGAGUUGACGUUAAAGACUUUUGAACCAUCUUUGCUGUCUUUCAAAAAUCUAACGACACUGGAAGUUUCAAGGUGCCAUGGGUUCAUCAAUUUAAUCGCAUGCUCAACAGCUAAGUGCCUGACGCUACUGGAAAGAUUGAGCAUAGAUGAUUGUGGGAUGAUAGAGGAAAUCAUAGCUUGUGAGGCUGAAGAAAUGCAAGGCGGCAUUGUAUUUCCCAAACUGCAGUAUUUGCAACUAAGCUGUCUACCAUGUCUAGCAAGCUUUUCCUUGGCCCAUCACUCGUUGGAAUUCCCAGUCUUGCUAAUGGUGAAGGUGACAAAGUGCUCCAAAAUGAGGAAUUUCUGCCAAGGAGAUUUAAGCACACCAAGGCUGGAACAAAUGCACUUAACAAGAGAUGAGGAAGGUGAACUGCAGUGGGAAGGCGACCUUAACACUACCAUAAAACAUAUGUUCGAUGAAAUGAAUGUGCAAAAUUCUGAGGUGACGAAGGUUACUGAUCAGUUGCCCAAGCUGGAAUAAGGAAAUAUGUUUGGGUGCUUAUGCGAAAAGCUCAAUUUCGUUUCAAAUCAAAACGAAUGGUUGAGUUGCUCUACUGAAGCACAUGGCUGCAUCUGUUGGUAGAACGUGAAAGGUGGUUGAUGGUUGUUGGGUUUGGUGAACUCUCAAGUGCUCGAGUCUGCUGAUCUAAAGGUUGUGGCCAUUCAUCUUUAAUUUCAGUGUCAGCAAAGGUUUGAGAAGGUUGCUAGUCAUCCUAAUCCUAAUUCCAAGUGUUCUCCCCAUCAAAAGUUACAUCUUUGGUAAUCACAAUUUCUUCGUUAAAGGAUUAAACAGUUUUCAUGCUUUAGAUGUUUCACUUACACCUAGAAACACACACUUUUCUCCCUUGUUAUCAAGCUUCUUUCUCUUUGCAUCUGGAAUAUGUACAUAAGCAAUGUAACCAAAAAUUUUGAAGUGAUCUAUCGUUGGUGGUCUCCUUCCACACCAAGCUUCUUCAGGUGUCAUGUUUUGAACAACAAAAAUUGGGCUUCUGUUCAAAACAUGGAUGCUCCAAUUUACUGCUUCUAGCCAAAAUCGUUUUGGGACCCUUCCACCAGCAAGCAUGCUCCUUACCAUAUUAAGUAUGGUUAUGUUUUUCCUCUUUGAUACGCCAUUUUGUUGGGGGGUAUAUGCAGUAGUAAGCUCUUUUCGAAUGCCAUGACUCUCACGAAAUGCUUCAAAUUCCUUGGAGCAAUAUUCUCCUCCACAUUAAGUGCGAAGAGCUUGAAUGGUUUUCCUGAUUUCAUUCUCAACAAAUGCCUUGAAGCUAGUAAAUGCACUAAAUGCUUCUAAUUUCUCCUGUAAGAACUAAACUCAUGUUUUCUGGGAAUAAUCAUGAAUGAAAGUAAGGAAAUAUUUUUUUACCUCCAUUA